AUGUCGUUACCGAUGCAGUUGCCGUCACAGAAACUCGGCCCGCUGCAUCCUCUGCGGGUCGGCACCAGUUUCUUGACGUGCUCUUCGUGCUUCGACAGCAACGGCGGACUCCCGAAAGUAUUCCCAUGUUCCCACACUGUGUGCACGAAGUGUCUCCAGGAGUCGGGCCCAUUCCAAUGCCCACAAUGCAACAAACUCGACCUGUCGGGCUUGAAUCUGGGCUCGGUGGCGCGGUUUCGCGACGUUCUGCCCAUCUGCUCGUCUUGCGACGACCGGAAUCCGGCCAAAGGUCGAUGUCGGGAAUGUAAUAAUGAGCUGCUCUGUGAAAACUGCAUCAACGCUCAUCAGAGAGUCAGACUCACGCGAGACCAUACCAUCGUCCGCUUCGCACCAUCGCCAUCGUUGGAGUUGAAGAAUUACAUUCCGCGGAGUUGUGCUGAGCACAAUGAAGCUCUCUUCGUUUACUGCGAUACUUGCGAGAAACCCCUCUGUGGGAAAUGCACGGAAAUGCACAAAGGCCAUAGUCUCCAGCACAUACGCGACGCGAUCGACAGCGGCAGAAGCUACAUCGAACGCUCGCUGAAAGAUACCGAGUCAAAACUCAAAGUACUCCAGGAGGGUCUGAUCAACAAUCAAAGCAUGGCAAAACGUAUCGAGCAGAAAACGCACGACGUCGCCUCACAAAUCCGCAUCGCGAUCCGACGGCAACUAUCAUCUCUCGAAGAACGCGAGAAAGAGCUCCUGUCAAAAGUAGAAACAAUCCGUCUCCUUAAGGGUAAUCUUCUGAAGGCCCAGGUGGAUCAGAUCGGCAAAGCGACCCGAGAGCUGAACGGGCACGCGCGCGCACUUCGUGACUUCCUGAACUCGGCGAACGACCUCGAUUUCAUCAAGGCCAAGAAAGUUCUACCUAUGAGUCCCGUUCGCACUGCUCUCCGCUCCCGCGCAGUUUGGUCAACUCCGUUCGAGGAUGAUCGCAUAGACUUCACGAUCGCCGACAUCCCGCUCCUCAACAAUCUGGGAUACAUCUCAACAGCGAGUUUUCCCAUGUACUGUAAAGUAUUUGGGGAGGCCCUGAAAGGCGCGGUCGUCGGCCAGAGCGCAACUUUCAAAGUUGAGGCUCAUAAUCACCUGAACGAGAAAACAAUGGUCGGCGGAGAGCACUUCACUGUCAGCAUCACGACGCCUCAGGGUUUCAUGCAGAAAGUUGACACGACAGAUCAUCGAGACGGCAGCUAUUCGUUCUCAUAUCGGCCCUGCACAGAGGGUGUGCACGAAAUCAGCCUCACCCUCCGAGGAGCGGCCGUAGCCUCGUCCCCGUACAAGAUCAACGUCCGAUUGGGUCGAUUCUAUGAGAAUCUUCCCAAUGAGCAGCCUUCGGUCGUUUUCGGAGGCGAGGGCGUGCGCGAAGGCGACCUCUGUAGACCCUGGGGUGUCUGCGUCGAUCAGGCCGGUCGAGUCGUGGUCGCUGAUCGCUCCAACAACCGCAUUCAGAUUUUCAAUCCAGACGGAACGUUCCACAUGAGCUUCGGAUCUGCAGGAUCGCAACCCGGACAGUUCGAUCGUCCGGCAGGAGUCGCAAUGGACUCCACCGGUCGGAUCAUCGUUGCUGACAAAGACAACCACCGAAUUCAGGUGUUCAGCAGCCGCGGCGAGUUUAUUUUGAAGUUCGGUGAACGGGGGUCCAAAAUAGGCCAAUUCAACUAUCCUUGGGACGUAGCAGUGAACUCCGACAAUAACAUCCUGGUGUCUGACACUCGAAAUCACAGAGUUCAGCUAUUCAGUCCGGAUGGGGUCUUUCUGAACAAGUACGGAUUCGAAGGAGCUCUAUGGAAGCAAUUCGAUUCGCCGCGAGGAGUCGCCUUCGAUCAUCAAGGUAACAUGGUAGUGACCGACUUCAACAAUCAUCGCAUCGUGGUGAUCCGUAACGACUUCCACAGCGCUCAGUUCCUGGGUUACGAAGGCACCGGCAACGGUGAAUUCACACGACCUCAAGGAGUCGCUGUGGACUCGGAGGGCCACAUCAUCGUAUCGGAUUCGCGGAAUCAUCGGGUGCAGGUUUUCCGUCCGGACGGGACGUUUUUGUGUGCCUUCGGAGAGCCAGGCGUGGAGCCCGGUCAGAUGGAUCGCCCUGCUGGGGUUGCGAUUUCCCCCGAAGGUAGAGUAGUUGUCGUGGACUUCGGCAAUCAUCGGGUUCAGAUUUUUUGA